CCCUACCUCCCUCUCUCCCUUGGCCUUGCCUUGCCUUCUCUCCUUCUUUUCCUUUCCUUCCAUCUCUAGUCUUCGUUCCAUUCUUCCCCUUCCCUUCCUUCCUUCCCCCAUCUUCCAGGUUCUACUUUUUCCACGUCUGAGACUUUCCCUCAUGGGUUGUUGUUGUUGUUGUUGGUGCUGCUGCCACUAUUUUUUUCUGCGCUGUUGUGCAGCUCAAGCACUUUCUUCCAGGAUGUAGGUUUCUAUGUUCUUGAGUCUCAACGUUUGUAUCAAUGUUCAGUUUAAUUUUGAUGAGUAGGGCUUGUGGUUUGCGGGAUGGACACUUCAGCAACAGAUUGCCAUGAGGAAACUCAGCGAGGCUUUUUUAUUUUGCUAAUGGAACAGCCCAGGAAGGAGUAACGUUUUCAUUAUGCUUACUGAUCCCUCACAACGUUCAGUGAUAUUGUAACUCGAAGUUAGGAUCAAGAGCUCUUGCGGAGUUUGUUACAAUUCUUUUUUACCAUUCAAAGUCGUUUCAGCUAAUACUAGAGGUUUGAGGUUAACCAAGCCCAUUCGCAAGCUUUUGUCUUCACACGGUAACAUGACCAUUUUGAUCAAGACACCUAGCAGAAUAACUCUUGUAACAAAUGUGUCUAAUCUAGUGGAUUGAAUGUUGAGAACAUCAGAGUUUUCAGUGGAAGUCGUGGCUCAAUUUUAGAGUCUACAAUCGAUUAAUUUGCGUCGUUGUCCUUUCUCGUGGUAAAUUUCUGUUACGGCUAGUGAGCGCACUCUAGUCUAGAAAUACUUGGUUUUCAGAUUGGGUUAAUUCUGGUAUAGCUGGGCAUAUAAAGAAGUGGGGUGCUCGUGCUUUUUGUUAUCUUUUCGGAAUUUUAAGUCCAAGAUGCCAUGAUUAAAAUCAGUAUGACGAGGAGAUAGAAAUUGUUCCCCAAACUCCGCGUUCUUAGUUGCAAGGGAAUCUUUCGGUGCAAGCGUACAGGAAUGUUUGUAGGCGAUUGAGGUGCCGAUUGAGAAUGGGAUUUGGUGGGAUUUGUCUCGCGAUUUUCAUUAUUCUCUGUGAUCUAUGGCAUAUGCAUCUGGCCACCUUACAACCCAUAGUGGGAAGAGGUGCAGAGGAUAUUACCACAUUACCCAUCGUUAUCGAGUCUCAUGGGAGGAAAAUGCUGCAAGAUGAUGAGGUACAGUGUCCUCUCGAUUUCUCAAUCCUCAAUAAGUACACAUGGAUCAAUAAUGAAUGUGGCUGGACGCAAAACACGUCCACAUGCUGCAUUGCAGUUUUAUCAGGGAUGGGUCUCUCACUGUCCAAGUAUCUAAGAGAAACGGAGCUUUUUGAGCUUGAAGAUGCCACGACAACAGACGUAUGUUUGAACAAUUUUCAGUUUCAGCUACGACAGAUUGGUGUGCAAAGAGAUGUGGUGACCGAGUGUUUUAAGCGGCCGAAUCCGUUGGACUUUGAAUCCUCUAUGUUCAUUAGAAGUCCCUCGCUGUGCCAAGGAAUUCAAACUGUAGAUGAUUUUAGGAAGACAGUAGGUCAGACGGCAAUCGAGAACUCGUGCAAGAGCGACCUCGGAAAUCAUGAUCAGUGCACAUUAUGUGUCAAUGAUAUGCAUAUUGUGAUUGACAAGUUGGUGAAGAUAAAUGCUUCCAAAAGUUCAGAGUGUUUUGAUUUUGUGCUCAUCUAUGCGGCUGGGGUGGUAAAUAUCGAUGGGCCAUGGGAUCGUGGCACCGCAUAUUGUAUUCUUGCUGUUGCGAGCGGAGUGCCGAGUGCCAGUAAAAAGGUGAAGUUAGGGUUGUACGUAGGCCUGGGUGCCCUGGGUGCUGGCGUAACUAGUCUUGCAGUUGGGGGUGCCUUUUGGUAUUGGUCGAUGCGGAGACGAGCCGCCAUUCAUCGAAAGUUUGUUGAUCGCAACAGUAAGAUACUGAAGUCUAACGCCUCCUCAUUGGUGUGGUAUGAAUGGUCGAAGCUCAAAGCUGCUACACAUGGGUUCACACAGGAAUAUCUCUUGGGAGAAGGUGGUUACGGUAGUGUAUACAAGGGGGAGCUCAAAGAUGGGCGCAUGAUUGCAGUGAAAAGAUUCAGAAAUUGCAUGUCUGAGGGAGAUGUGGACUUUCUCAACGAGGUGGAGGUAAUCAGUAAAGUAAAACACAGGCAUCUGUUGGUUCUCCAUGGGUGUUGUGUUGCAACCAGCAACAAUGAAGGACAUCAACGGAUGCUAGUGUACGACUACAUGAGGCAUGGAAGCCUCGCUGACUACCUUUUCAACAAGAACAAUCCCGUGCUGGAAUGGCCGGAGCGGCGGCAAAUAGGAAUUGGCAUGGCAAAAGGGCUUGCCUACUUGCAUGCGGAGGUUGUGCCCCACAUCAUCCAUCGGGACAUCAAACCCAGCAACAUAUUGUUAGACGAGCACUUCCACGCUCGUGUUGCAGACUUUGGCCUUGCGAAGCUCACACCAGAGAACGAAACACAUUUCACGACGCACAUCGUAGGGACACACGGCUAUGUUGCCCCCGAAUACGCCCUGUAUGGGCAAUUGACUGGGAAAAGCGACGUAUACAGCUUUGGUGUCUGCCUGCUGGAGCUUCUGAGCGGCCGUCCGGCGCUCGCGGAAUCGAAGGAGAAUCCCAAUUUAUGCUUGGUCACGGAUUGGGCGUGGUGGCUGGUCAAAGAAGGUAGAACGAUGGACGUGGUAGAUGUCAAUAUUCGGCAUAAGGGUCCUCAAGAUGUGAUGCAACGGUUUGUCAUGGUUGGCAUCCUAUGUGCGCAUGUUUUAGUUGAUUUCCGCCCAUCAAUGACUGAAGCGUUGCGGAUGCUGGAAGGAGACACUGACAUUCCUGAGAUCCCCGAUCGUCCUCUCCCCUUGAACUUCGACAUGCUCGACCUAGAGUCCAACUCCUACUGCAACUCUGCUCAGUUUACCCCCAGCAGAGAAGGGUCUAUCAGCAAAAGUGAGCUUUUGAGAUAGCAUUGAUCAAUGAAUCGUUGCCAAGAUUAAAUUUCUAUUUCACACUUUGAAGCUGAAUCUGGCAGGUUAUUUCUAAUUUAAAUGGGGUACUUCAUUUGACGCGCAUCAAGAAACUCAAAUUCAAAUUAUCGAAAUAAGAUCAAUGAAUCGGAGUGCAGCUGAGUGUCCCACACCUCAAAACUGAUUACCAUGCAACAACGAAAUUGUAGGUUUGAUUGAUGUACAGAGCCUAGGUAUCUUAGUUCUUGGGUUGUUAAUUGUACAAUAGAAAAAGCAUUUUAAUUCGGAUGAUGGUUGUUGGUUUCUAUCCGACAUGGUGGUUAUUGUUGUCAAGCUGUCAGUUUUAGGGAGGAACCAUGCCCAGCAGGGCCUCGGAUGACUCACGAGAAAAGAUUUCUCAUACCAGAACGUGAGUAGUGGAAAGUUGAAAAAUGUCUCUUUUGAUGAUAUAAUAUAAUAUGGUUACAGGGCCAUCAUAUCUUGUAAGAUGGACUUGACCAUUCCAUGAAAA